CUCGAAUGUAUCAAAUGCAUCAGCGUUUAAAAGAGGACCCCGCAAAGGCAGUGAAUGAUAAUUUGAUCUGCUAAAGAAUCGAAUUCGAGAGGAUCGCGGAUUAACCAAUAUAUUGUGCAUCGCUUAUGUCUCAAUGGAAGAAAGGGGUGGUCUCAAUGAUAGGCAUCCAACUAUUCUCAAGUGCAGAGUUGGUUGUACAGUUUUCUGAGAUUCACGCCUUCAGUCGGGACUUUCAAUGGACGGUAUGCGGGACGAAUGAACAACUAUCAGAAGGCGACAAUGAAGAUUCAAAUACCCCUCCCGGCCUCCCCCCAUUGCCAAAACGAUAUCAUUACACGACAUCGGACACAGUAUGCUCCAAUUCUAAACUACCAGUACCUGUCGCGCUCGGCCGAACAUUCUGGAUCAUGGUCAAUCAACUCGAGAGCUUGAUCUUUUUCGUGUCCAUUAUGGAAUCGGGUAUCUAUCUACCUUUAUCUAAGUCUUCCGCUCACUUCGUAAAUAUCAUGUGGCUCGUCCGGAGCAGCAUGGUCCAGGAACGCCAGUUUUCAUCACAAAUUUCAAGACAGCUUAAUUAGGAGAACCUUCAACGCCAGUACCAACCUCAAAAUCCCAAAACGACAGCACUUUCCUUUUUUUUGCUUUCAAAAUGAGAUAUCCCCAACUCUGGGAAGUUUCAGAGCUUCAUCUCAUGAGCUUUUGCUACUCUUGCGGCCGCCAUCUUGCAGAUGAGUUUGCAGAUGCCGACGAAGUUGAUCCAGCCGAUGAAAGUCUUUGCCGCAGUGCUCACAAACGUGGUUACCACGAACAUUGUGCGUGCGACGGUGCUUGGAUAGAUUGGAAGAUUCACCAAACCGCUUCCCACAGAUUUCGCACUGCAAAGGCUUUUCUCCUGUAUGCGUGCGCAUGUGCAUGGCUAAAGAGCGAGUUAGCAUUUGGUAUGGAGCCAGGAGUUGACAUAUUUACUAAGAGCACUCUGUUGCUUGAAACGCGCUUCACACCCCGGAUGUUCGCACUUCCAUGGUUUCUCUCCUGAGUGGGUACGCAUGUGCUGCUCCAGGGAUUGCUUUGCUGAAAGCAUUAUGCCGCAAAUCUCGCAUUU